AGAGAGAGAGAGAGAGAGAGAUUGAUUUGGGGUGAAAUCAGACUGCAGAAACGCUUAGACUUCUCAGAGCGAAGCGCCGAGUCCAGCCUCGGAGGAGCGCAUCGCAAUGUGCAUCUUAUUUAAAAAGAGAGAAACGAGGUCGCGAUAGGUUGAGAAACCGAGCAAUUGAGACACGCAAGGAGAACUACAGAUAACAACAACGCAAAUAAUAACGACACCACCUCCUGAAGCCGUGCUGAGGCGGAGCGGGUUUCACUGCGGAGCGGCACCCGGACUCGCCGCUUUGCUGAAGGAAUCCCAGUUCAUAGCAAAUUAAACGCGGCUCUCUUCCGAGACGGAUUUACUGCUCUUACAAAUGUUUGCUGCUUCCUUCUAGCAAGAUCGGUUUUUUGUUGUUUGUUUUUUUACACUUAAAAGGAUACUUGAGUUUUUGCUUCAUUUUUCUUUUCAUGCAAAAUAAUUAGACAUCGCUGUUGGAUUUUCAUCAGAACCACAGCAAAGGACCCGCAACCGGACUUAAUUACUGGGUUCAGAGUCACUCAGGCUGCUUCAGAGAGAUAAUACUGCGCAGUUAUUUAUAGAGACCUUGGAAUCUCAAUCUCUCUCUCUGUAUAUAUAAGGGAACAUUAUUGUGAAUUUAUUUAGUAAAAAAAACGUGUUUUUUUUAUUGUACAAACUCAAUCAAAUAAUCUGAUCGAUUUGAAUUCAAAUAUUUAACUUUAUGGAUUUUUUUUUUUUGUAAAUAUAAUUUUCUUAAUUAAAUUAUAAUUCCUUACUGUGAUUUUUUUUUUUUUUAAAAUAUAUAUUAGGUUGAUUAUCUGGUGAAUUAGCAAAGUAACCGAGCCACAUUCCAACGCAUUUUUCGUCACAGAGGAUUCGAACGCAUUUUUCGUCACAGAGGAUUCGAACGCAUUUUUCGUCACAGAGGAUUCGAACGCAUUUUUCGUCACAGCGGAUUCGAACGCAUUUUUCGUCACAGAGGAUUCGAACGCAUUUUUCGUCACAGAGGAUUCGAACGCAUUUUUCGUCACAGCGGAUUCGAACGCAUUUUUCGUCACAGAGGAUUCGAACGGAUUUUUCGUCACAGCGGAUUCGAACGCAUUUUUCGUCACAGAGGCCAGCGACUCUGUUGAACAGCGUUAUAGUAUAAUAAUAAUAAAAUAAUAAUAAUAAUAAUAAUAAUAAUAAUAGCAUUGCAAACAUUUUUCUGCUGACAAUAAAUACAGCACAUAAAUAACAUCAGUUUAUAAAGUCAACAGACGGACACCAUUAAAACAAAUAUAAAACUCAGCUUCCCGGGAUAAACGUUAACAGGGUUUAUUGAUUUAUUAGAAUUACCCGCGUUGUGUUGAUAACUCUAACCGCGCGUCACACACGAUGUCCUGCGCGUCCCUGUGCUUGUGCGUCUGUCUGUUUGCGGAGCUGGCCGGCUCGGUUCUGAGCCUCUCCACCUGCCAGUCCGGGUUCGACCUGGACGAUUUCAAGUACAAGCGGAUCGAGGCGGUUCGGGGCCAGAUCCUCUCCAAGCUCAAGAUCUCGCGGCCGCCCGAGGUGCUGGUGCCCCCGGGCGACCCGCCGCCGGAAGUGAUUCUGCUGUACAACAGCACGCGGGAGCUGCUGAAGGAGCGCGCGCGCCAGGCCGAGUCCGCCUGCGAGCGCGAGAGCAGCGAGGAGGAUUACUACGCCAAGGAAGUGCAGAAGAUCGACAUGCUGCCGCCGAGCCUCGACAAUGUCAUCUCCAGCAGCCUGGCUAACCCGUACUUCCGAGUGGUGAAUUUCGCCGUGUCCGGGAUCGACACGAACUCCAGCAAGCUGGUGAAAGCAGAAUUCCGAGUGUUCCGGGUCCCGCAUCCCAGAGCCAGGGUCACGGAGCAGAGGGUGGAGCUCUACCAGAUCCUGAAGGCCCGCGACCCAGCCGCCCCCUCCCAGCGCUACAUCGACAGCAGGAACGUGCGCCCGCGCAGCAAGGGGGCGUGGCUGUCCUUCGACGUCACAGACACGCUCAGCGAGUGGCUCUCUCACAGAGGCAGGAACCUGGGCUUGAAGAUCAGCGUGCACUGCCCCUGCUGCACCUUCAUCCCCUCCAGCGACAGCAUCCUGCCCAACAGGAGCGAAGAGCUGGAGACCCGCUUCGCAGGUAUUGACGAUGACCUCAUCAAGCAGUUUGAGAAGUCUGUGAAGGGGGGCCGGUCCGAUUACAGCAGUAAGACCCCCCACCUGAUCCUCACCCUGCUCCCCGCGCACAGGAUGGAAUCCUCGCAGAAGAAGACCCGCAGGAAACGCGCGGCCAGGGAGACGCCCACGUGCUCCAGGAACGUGGAUCAGGGCUGCUGCCUGCAUUCUCUCUACGUUGAUUUCCGGAGAGACCUGGACUGGAAGUGGAUCCACGAGCCCAAAGGAUACAAAGCCAACUUCUGUGCAGGAACCUGCCCUUACCUGUGGAGCGCAGACACUCAGUAUAACACGGUGCUGCCCCUGUUCAACAAGAUGAACCCCGAGGCGUCGGUCGCGCCUUGCUGUGUACCCCAGGAUCUGGAGGCGCUGACCAUCAUCGUCUACACGGGCAGGACCCCCAAAGUGGAACAGCUCUCCAACAUGGUCAUCAAAUCCUGCAAGUGCAGAUAGACACGGGGCGCCCCGAUAAACACACCAAGACACACGGCGCCCCGAUAAACACACAGAGACACACACACAGAGACACACACACUCUGAUAAACACACACACACUCUGAUAAACACACACACAGACACACACACUCUGAUAAACACACACACACACACAGACACACACUCUGAUAAACACACACACACUCUGAUAAACACACACACAGACACGCACUCUGAUAAACACACACACAGAGACAGAACAAGCUCAGAUACACACAGACAGAGAAUCAGGGAGAGAGACUCACAGACAAACAGAGAGACAGACAGAGACAGAGACACAGAGAGAAAGACAAAGAGACACACACACACACACAAACAAACACAUAGAUUAGCAAUGCUUUUUUACUCCCAGUUUAUCAGCAUGGAUUUUUUUGUUUGUGUGUUUCUUUUUUUUUUUUUUUUUUUAGAGAGAAAAAAUGGUGGUGGGGGGGUUCUUGUAAAUAGGCUCACGAAUAAAAAAAUAAUAAAAAAAAAAAACAGAAAACUUUUCAAAUUUUCUUUUUUGGAACUCAGUUAGUGAAAAAAAGAAAAAGAAAAAUAUAAACUCAGCCUUUUAGAAUCCCUGCUGGUUUUAUUCUGUGUUGUAUUUAAAUGAAUCAUCAGUUCUGUUGUUGGUUUUAUUAUUAUUAUUAUUAUUAUUAUUAUUAUUAUUAUUAUUAUUAGGAUUAUGAUGCAUAUUAUUUGUAUUAUUAUGGGGGGCUUUGUUUUUAUCAAAGAAUAAAACAUUACAAACUGUU